AUGUCCAACACCGAGAGCGGACAACACGGCCUUCCGCCGCCCAUCGUGGCGGCUGACCGCGCCUACACCCAAGAAACCCCUUUCACUCAGCCCACCCACUACGACGGUACUGAGUACAAUGCUGAGCCCGGUGCGACCAACGUCCACUACGAGCAGCUCCAGCAGCAGCAGCAGUACGACGCUGCUCAGCAGCAGGCUGCCUACGAGCAGCAGCAGCGCGAGUAUGCCGCUCAGCAGCAGCAGUACGCUGCUCAGCAGCAGCAGCAGCAGCAGCCCCAGCAGCAGCAGACUGAGAAGCCUGCUGAGCAGCCUACCGAGGGCCAGGAGGAGGAGUUCGGUGAGGACGCCCCCCAGGAUGAGUAUGGCCAGCUCGUUGCCUUCAUCCGCGCUCAGAAGAAGAGCGGUGGUGAUGACGAGGAGGACGACGGCACCCGCAUCGUCAAGAAGCGCAACUGGCUCAUGCCCUGGAAGGUGCGUGAGAUCCGCGUGAACAAGAACGGUGAGGAGGAGACCGUUGCCCCCAAGGUCCCCGAGUCGUGGCUCGAGACCGACGUGUUCCAGGGUGUCAGCGAGUCGGACGUCGCCCGCCGCCGCGCCCAGUUCGGUUACAACGAGCUGGAGAGCCCUCACGAGAACAUGUUCCUCAAGUUCAUUGGUUUCUUCCGUGGUCCUAUUCUUUACGUUAUGGAGCUUGCUGUUGCUCUUGCUGGUGGUCUUCGUGACUGGAUUGAUCUUGGUGUUAUUUGCGCUAUUCUUCUGCUUAACGCUUUCGUCGGUUGGUACCAGGAGAAGCAGGCUGGUGACAUUGUCGCCCAGCUCAAGGCCGGUAUUGCUCUUAAGACCACUGUUAUCCGUGACGGUCAGGAGCGCGAGAUUGAGGCUCGUGACCUUGUUCCCGGUGACAUUGUCGUUGUCGAGGACGGUAUGACCGUUCCUUGCGACGGUAAGGUGCUCGCUUCGUACGACGACAAGGACCUGUCUGAGGCUACCAAGAUCCGCCAGCGCAUGGAGGAGACCAAGCACGGCAACGAGGACGCUGAGGACGAUGAUGACACCGGUAUCGACAAGGGUCCCGCGAUCAUCGCCUGUGACCAAUCGGCCAUCACUGGUGAGUCGCUCGCCGUCGACAAGCACAUUGGUGACAAGGUCUUCUACACUACUGGUUGCAAGCGUGGAAAGGCUUACGUUCUCUGCACUGAGUGCGCCAAGCAGUCGUUCGUCGGUAAGACCGCUGCCCUCGUCACUGGUGGUGACGGCGGUGGACACUUCCAGAAGGUCAUGGGUCUCAUCGGUACUACUCUGCUUAUCCUCGUCAUUGUCUUCGUGCUCGUCAUCUGGUUCGCCGGCUUCUUCCGCAACGUUGAGAUUGCCCGCCCCAAGGAGAACAACUUGCUCGUCUACACCCUGAUCUUCCUGAUCAUUGGUGUUCCCGUCGGUCUCCCCUGUGUUACCACCACCACCAUGGCUGUCGGUGCUGCCUACCUCGCCAAGCGUGAGGCCAUUGUGCAGAAGCUCACUGCCAUUGAGUCGCUUGCUGGUGUCGAUGUUCUCUGCUCGGACAAGACCGGUACCCUGACUGCCAACAAGCUGUCGAUCCACGAGCCCUUCACCUCGGAGGGUGUGGACGUCAACUUCAUGAUGGCUGUCGCUGCCCUUGCCUCGUCGCACAACAUCAAGUCGCUCGACCCCAUUGACAAGGUCACCCUGACUACCCUCAAGGACUACCCCGGUGCCCAGGAGGAGCUCGCCUCGGGCUGGUCGACCAAGCGCUUCACGCCUUUCGACCCCGUCUCGAAGCGUAUCACUGCUGAGGUCUCGAAGGACGGCAAGGACUACGUUGCUGCCAAGGGUGCCCCCAACGCUAUCCUCAAGCUCUGCGCUCCCCCCCAGGACAUUGCCUCCCAGUACCGCAAGGUCGCUGGUGACUUCGCCUCGCGUGGUUUCCGUUCGCUCGGUGUCGCGAUCAACGAGGACGGCAAGUGGCGCCUGCUUGGUCUUCUGCCCAUGUUCGACCCUCCCCGUGCCGACACUGCCGCUACCAUCGCCGAGGCCCAGUCGCUCGGUGUUACCGUCAAGAUGCUUACUGGUGACGCCGUCGCUAUUGCUAAGGAGACCUGUAAGAUGCUUUCGCUCGGCACCAAGGUGUACGACUCGCAGCGUCUGAUUGGUUCGGGUGGUAUGGCCGGCUCGGCCAUCCACGACUUUGUGGAGGCUGCUGACGGUUUCGCUGAGGUGUUCCCCGAGCACAAGUACCAGGUCGUCGAGAUUCUCCAGAACCGUGGCCACCUUACUGCCAUGACUGGUGACGGUGUUAACGACGCUCCCUCGCUGAAGAAGGCUGACUGUGGUAUUGCCGUCGAGGGUGCCUCGGACGCUGCCCGCUCGGCUGCCGACGUCGUGUUCCUGGACGAGGGUCUGUCGACCAUCAUUACCUCGAUCAAGGUUGCUCGCCAGAUUUUCCACCGUAUGAAGGCCUACAUCCAGUACCGUAUCUCUCUGUGUAUCCACCUUGAGAUUUACCUGCUGCUGUCGAUCAUCAUCCUUAACGAGUCUAUCCGCGCCAACCUGAUUGUGUUCAUUGCCCUGUUCGCCGAUGUUGCCACCAUUGCCAUUGCCUACGACAACGCCCCUGCCGCCCACCAGCCCGUUGAGUGGCAGCUGCCCAAGAUCUGGAUCAUCUCGGUUAUCCUUGGUCUGAUCCUUGCUGGUGGUACUUGGAUUGUCCGUGGUACCCUCUUCCUGAACGGCGGUGGUAUCAUCCAGAACUUCGGUAACACCCAGGAGAUUCUCUACCUCGAGGUCGCUCUUACUGAGAACUGGCUCAUCUUCGUCACCCGUCUCGGUGGUGGUGAGUCGGAGAUCACUCUGCCCUCGUGGGAGCUGGUUGCCGCUGUCGGUGUUGUCGACAUCAUCGCUACCCUCUUCUGUCUGUUCGGCUGGCUCUCGGGUGCCGAGCGCCGCAACCACAUCACCGCGCCCAUGGGUGGCUGGACCGACAUUGUUACCAUUGUCCGUGUCUGGGCCUUCUCGUUCGGUGUCAUUGUUGUUUGCGCCCUCGUCUACUACGUCCUGUGCCGCAUCCCCGCCCUGGACAACAUUGGCCGUCGCCAGCGCUCGGUCAAGAACGAGGCUGUGGAGGACUUCUUCACCAACCUCCAGCGCCUCACCCUUGUCCACGAGAAGGCCGAGGAGGGCAAGAACGUCUACGCGUUCGAGACCCGUGUCGACGUCAACGACGAGUAA